AUGAAGGAGGAACAAGAAGGGCCAGAGACCUACCACACGAGCCCAUGGCGCCUGCUUGUGGUGUCCAUUGUUCGUCCUGUGGUGGGGGACCUCUUCGAUCGCUACCCCUCCCCGGAGGCCAUGGCCGAAGCGGAUGAGGAAGAGCUUGCGGGGAUGAUCCGUAGGCUGGGUCUGUACAGGAAGCGGGCGAAGGCGCUCGUCGACUUCUCGCGCACCUACCUCGACUCGCCUCCCUGGCGCACCCCCGCCGAGCUCAAGUACUUUGGCAAAUACGCCGAUGAUUCAUACCGGCUCUUCUGCCUAGGAGGCACGUCGCUCUCGCUCUGGCUCACGCCCCUUUUAUUGUGUUCGUCCCGAGUGCGGCCGCGAGACAAGAAGCUUAAGCAGUACCGGGACUGGCUGUUCGCUCACUAUGGUGCCAAGAAGAGCGAGAGCGAACUCGAAGAGGAACACGAGUGGGCCGAACAGGAGAGAAAGGAGGAGAGGAAGCGAGCACGCGCCGCCACCCUGAACUCGACCAAGUUGGAAGGGGACUUCGACGAGACGGGAAUGGAGCAGGAGGACGACACAGAAGAGCAAAGCAUCGUCGACAAUGCUGAGGAGGACGUGCCACGACUACGAAAAGAGAGGAAGACAAAGAAGCGAAGGGCACCAGACGAAGUGAAGGCAGACGCAGAAGAAACAGGCUGA